AUGGCGAAUUCUCUAAAGGAAAAGUCACUGUAUAGCGAGCUUCGUGCUGCGUCUAUAACUAUAGGCAUCCCAACUCCCAGCACUGUGAGCGUGACAGCUACUCUGCCAAGGUCUCCUGAAUCUACUGGGCCGCCUCCUACACCUAUAGCCACUCGGGGAACUCAUGGUGACUGCGAGGCGCAGCCAUCAGGUUACGGCCCUAUUCCGAAAUACGACAAAAUGCGGGGAUUCUACUACUCGCCAGAGAUACGCCAUGCGGCAGAGAACGCCCCAAUUCCCCCCGGCUACAUCGAAAGCUUUGUCUCCGCUAACGGAUCCUUCGUCGGCAGCCAUUACCUCGGUCACUACGAACUAAAGUCCUUUGAUACACUCGAGGGCACGGAACCUGGCCACGACCAAAUCUGCCAGGGUUUCAACACCUACUUCGAGCGGGCGCCUGCCAUACGGCUCGGUCCCGAAUGCCGGGAAUCUACAAGUCGAACAAUUAUCAAGUGCGCACUGUGGGGGGAGCCACUUCGUAUUGAGGGCGCCAAGAAUAUUGGAUACAGAGAGUGGGAAUUUGACGUGGUCAUUGCGGGUUCCAAUGGGUAUAGUUUGGAGAAAUACGCUGAGUCGAGAAACCUGGCCCCUGGGAAGAAGCUAGAUCACAUGGUCCUUGCUACACUUUUUGCACUUCAAGUAUUUUUGGGAUUCAUGACACCUUGAAGGUAAGACUAAAGGUACUAGAAACAUGGAACGGGACAAGCUGCUUUGGUCAAUUGCGCGGGCAUUCGGCUGGGGCUUUAAUUGGCACGUCCUUGAAGUCGGACACAAGCAUGUUGUUUGUUUAACAUGUAAGAUGUACGUUCGUGAAUUGUAACCAUAUGACUACAACCAAGAAUUCGUGUUAUUACGGUUAGUUCGGUG